AGUUUUGUAUGCUGUUUCUCAUCGGAUCCCAUGGUCCAUUAUUGUGCCAAAUCUUCGAAAGGAUACUCUCUCAUAUCUCUCUCCGACACCCUGAUCCAAUCUAGUUGUUUUCCGUUAGGGGGAGAAACCCUAAUUUCAUUUCUGUUAGAAGCUCCAGACGCUAUGAACCCUUGCGUUUUCGGCGUUCCAUAGCCGAAGUCCCAUCCUUGGUGCGGGUUAGAAUCAAACUCUCGAACUUGAUGAACAACAUCCUUAACCCUUGUUUGCAUCCAUUCAGUUUUCUUAUGUCCAAUUAUGGACUUUUGAAGUGUUGUAGUAUGUGGGAGCACGGAGUAGGGCUUGAACAGCAUAUUAAGAACAUUCAUCUGACGUAGGUUACACGUGAUGGGUGAUAAUGUUUUAGAUGAUAUGAUAAUGGACCUUGAUUUGAACCAAGAACCCUCAGACCCAGCGCCCCCUGAUUCAGGUCUGGGUUUCAGGUCUUUCUUGAGUGAUUUAGAGAGUGCCCAUAGUCGGAUCGAGGAGAGAAUCCGACAUCUUGAAGCUGUCACGGCUCGAGCUUGGGAACGCCAUAGGUGGCGCCUCACACAGAAUUUUCCAGAAACUGAUACUUUGGAUGGAGAAAAUGUCAUUGGUGUUGAGGCAAGUGAGGGUGUUGUGGUGGGUAUGAAUUCUGGUAGUGGGAGAGGCUGCAAGAGGGACAGCAGCCAUUUGGUGGCAAAAGCAUUGGCUUUGGAUUCUGAGGUGAAGAAGGGUGACAAGGAUGGUGGGACCUUUUUCGAUUGCAAUAUAUGCUUAAGCAUGGCACGGGAGCCUGUUUUGACCUGUUGCGGUCACUUGUACUGUUGGGCAUGCUUUUUCCAGUUGCCAUAUGUUGAUUCUAUGGUCAAGGAGUGUCCUGUUUGCAAUGGAGAGGUUGCAGAUGGUAAGGUCAUUCCUAUUUAUUGUAAUGGAAGCAGUAACUGUGGGAUGGAAAUGGAAGCUGGUACGAAAAUACCGCCAAGGCCAAAAGCACGUCGAGUUGAAAGUGUUAGGCAGCAGCAUCUGACCCGCGGUUUAUCUCAUAUUCCGGUGGCUGAAGCACUUAGGCGAAUCAGGGCUAGUAUUGGAAUUGGAAUGCCUGAGCACCCACACCCGCAUCCACAGCCGCAUCCACACCCGCACCCGUUCCCACACCCACACGCACCAGAGCCAAUUGGCAUUAAUGUGAAUGUGACUACAACUUCUCAGGAGUUUCAAACUGCAGGUGAAAGCCGUCAAGUGCGCUCCCAUGAGUUUUCAAGGGUUUUAUCGGAAAGUGCCGCUUCUCUGUCUUCAGAAUUAGAUAAUGCGCAGCGGAUAUUUGAGGACCUUGCUGCGUCCAUUUCUGACCGCUUGUUACAUAGGGACAGAGCUCAGGAUUCAUCAACUGCAGGUGAUCCAGCCAAUGACUCAUUUGGAAGAGAAAAUAGUGUUGCGCAAUUGGAGCAUCAGAUUUUGGAUGCGGAAACUGAGAUAAGUUCGCCUGCAUCUGUUCCUUCCACUUCUCAUGGAAAUGAAGACUCUGAUGCUUUUGUGCAACUGGGAACCCUGAUCCCCCCCACUACAAGUCUGUCCUUUCCUCGUUCUGCUUCAUCGUACAGGAGACGAUUUACCCCGUUGAGGUUUCCAGAUGAUGUUGCCCGUGAAACUAGGAGAAGAAGAUUUAACUAGUGACUUGGGACAACUAAGAAUGGAAUGACAUGCUGCUUUCCCUUGUUCUCGGCUAAGGUGUUGUGAGGUAUGAUUGGUUGGCUUCCUAACACCCGGUUGCCCCUAUCCUCGGUGUGGAUGCCUCCCGCUAGGCCUCCAGUCGAGGGUUGUUGAAGAGGUUGCCUGAGCUUUUGGGGCAUGUGUAUGAUUAAAUAUUUUGUAUAAUAAUUUAACUGGUCAUGCAGUUAUUAAGUAUCACUCUAUGCAGCCAAUUUGUGCAAUCAGAAACUAAUAAGGCUAUGUUUACUAAUGGUUACGCUACUAAAAAGUGAUUUGUUAAGAGAUUUUUGGAAAAUGAUUUAUAGUAAAAGUCGAAAGCUU